AUGAACAUUUCAGACGACGAAGUGCCGUUAAACAGAUCUGCGAGGGCCAAGAGCUCCGUCAUCAAGGAUGAAGAUUCUGACAUGGACAUGGGCGACAAGCCGCCAAGUGCCUCUUCCGUAUCAGACGAUGACUAUGACGAAGAAGCGCCAAUCAAGAAGCGCGCUGCCUCCGUAUCCCCAGCGGCCCGUAAGAAGUCCAAGGCUAUCCUCGAUGACGACGACUUCGAUGACGUACCAUUGAGCCAGACCACCCAGGCGUUGAAACCCAAGGUGACUAAGAAGGAACCGAAGGCUAAAGCCCCUAAAAAGGAGCCAAAAGACACCCUUAAGAAGGAACCAAAAGACACUCUUAAGAAGGAGCCAAAGGCCAAAGCUGCGCCAAAGGUGAAAAAGGAAGUGAAGGAGGUGAAGAAAGAGCCGAAGGCUAAAGACGACGGCACCCCCGCGCCGGAAGACAACGACACAUACAAGUGGUGGGAGUCCAACGACUUGGACGGCGAGAUUAAGUGGACCACGCUCGAACACAGUGGGGUUAUCUUUCCCCCUCCAUAUAAAGCGCUUCCCAAGCGCGUGAAGUUGCUCUACAAUGGCCAACCGGUGACCUUACCGCCAGCAGCGGAGGAAGUGGCCGGUUUCUUCGGCGCGUUGGUCGAGACCGACCAUGGGAAGAACCCUGUGUUCCAGCAGAAUUUCUUUAAGGACUUCCAGGAAGUGUUAAAGGAAGCCGGUGGCUGCGACAUAGAGAUUACUGACUUUGCCAAAAUGGACUUUUCGAAGAUGUUUGCGUACUUUGAAGAGAAGCGUGAGGAAAAGAAGACCACCACCUCUGCUGAGAAGAAGAAGAUCAAGGAGGAGAAGGACACGCUAGAGGCGCCGUACAAGACGUGUCUUCUCGAUGGCCGCAAGGAGUUUGUGGGUAACUUCCGCGUGGAGCCUCCGGGCUUGUUCAGGGGUCGUGGUGCGCAUCCCAAGACUGGAAAAUUGAAGAAGCGUGUGCAGCCAGAGGACAUUGUGUUGAACUUGGGCAAGGAAGCACCGGUGCCAAAGCCACCAAGAGGCCAUAAAUGGGGCGAAAUCAGGCACGACAACACCGUCGCUUGGUUGGCCAUGUGGCGUGAAAACGUGUUGGGCGGGGUAAAGUAUGUGAGAUUCGCCGCUAACUCGUCGUUAAAGGGGAUCAGUGACUUUAAGAAGUUUGAAAAGGCACGCGAGUUGAAGUUACACAUAGAAAAGGUCAGAGUCGACUACAGACAGAAGUUGAAGUCAGACCUCAUGUUGGAGCGUCAAAUGGCAGUGUGUACGUACUUGAUCGAUGUUUUUGCGUUGAGAGCUGGUGGGGAAAAAACGGACGAGGAGGCUGAUACCGUCGGGUGUUGUUCGUUGCGAUUCGAACACGUGUCGUUGAAGCCGCCUAACACUGUGGUGUUUGACUUCUUGGGUAAGGAUUCCAUCCGCUACUACCAGGAAGUUGAGGUGGACCAACAGGUGUUUAAGAACUUGAGGAUCUUUAAGAAGGCGCCAAAGAAACCGGGCGACGACUUGUUUGACCGUGUGGACCCGUCGAUUUUGAACAAGCAUUUACAGAAUUACAUGCCCGGCUUGACGGCAAAAGUGUUCCGUACGUACAACGCGACGAAGGUGAUGCAGGACCAGUUGAACUUGAUUCCUAACGAGGGAUCGGUUAACGAGAAGCUCGUGGCGUUCAAUGCGGCCAACCGAACUGUGGCCAUCUUGUGUAACCAUCAACGUACCAUCCCCAAAACCCACGAGGCAGGGGUGGCAAAGAUCCAGGAAAAGAUUCAGGAAAUGGUGUGGCAAAAGAUCCGGUUGAAGAAGCUCAUGCUCGUGAAGGACCUGACAUUGAAGCAAAAGCGCAAGGGGUACUUUGAGGAGAUCAACGACUUGACCAAGGAAGACGAGCGGGCCGUGCACAAGUACGUCAUCGCCAAGGAAAUCGAAAAGGUGCAGAAAAAGUUCGAGAAAGACAACAUCAAGCUCAAGGAAGCGAAACAACCUUUACUUUCGAAGGAAGAACUCAAGACGAAGUUGGAUAAGAUCCGCGAGUUGAAGAAGGAGUACACCAAGGAAGCAAGCUCCGGAAAGCCAAUCGAUCUCCAUCCGAACGACACGGUGGAAAAGUUGGAGGCGAGGGUGGAGAAGUUGGAAGAGCGCAUCAAGACCACCUGCUUGCAGUUAAAGGACAAGGAGGACAAUUCACAGGUAGCGUUGGGGACCUCGAAGUUGAACUAUAUCGAUCCGAGAUUAACGGUAAUGUUCUCUAGAAAGUUUAACGUCCCGAUUGAGAAGUUGUUCACCAAGACAUUGAGGGAUAAAUUCGACUGGGCCAUCCAGUCGGCAGAUGAGCACUGGACGUUUUAG